CUUUGAGAUUGCACCCCAAAUUUUCGGUAGUCAAUUCACUAUGGUUUUAUGUAUGACGAACAGCUAGGCUGAGACACAGCAUGUACAGACCCGAGUUAGCAAUCGAAGGUAGAUACGACGCAAUGUCCUCGUUGACCUGCUGUUGGAUGAAGAGCGAACUGUGUGAAGUGGGAGAUGGACUCUGGUCCUCUCGUAGGCCUAUGAAUACCAUAGGCCACUCUAACUGAUACCCACGUGCAGAUAACACUUGAUAAACAUCAUCAAUAGAAUCACAGUUCAUUGUGUAUAAAGCCAAGGCCCAAGUUAUCUCAAGUCAUCUCUUGUACAGUCAAUGUUGAGUACUUAUGAAAUCAUGUAUAUUGUUAUUUUUCGACGGGGACCAUGCCCCCAAUGAGAGAACUAAGCUCUACUCAACCCCUGCCAGUCUGCGUCACGAAAGAAGCGAAGCGAAAUCCUGGGCGGAACCAUAGUAACAGGUACUCGUCGUCCGGCGACUCAUGGCGAUCGUGAUGAGCAUUAGAAGCACGUGCUAACCAAAGGUGCAUAUGAACUUUUCUCGCCGCGUUAUCCAGCCUUAUCUUCAUCUGCUGAACCGGAUUAUGACUGCCUAAGACUUAGCUACCUUGUCCUAAACAAACCAAGGACCAAGGCAUUACGUCCUUCCUCCAAAUAUGUCUGGGUUUUCCUUCACGCCUACACCUUCAUCUACUGGGGCUUUUGGAGCCUUGAAAUUUGGAAAUCAAACAGCUGCACCCACAUUUGGAUUUGGGCCUACCCCAGUAUCAAGUGCACCAACUUUUGGAUUUGGAAAUAAUCAGCCCUCGUCAGCUCCAGCCUUUGGGACUACAUCUUCAUCAGUUGGUUUUCCAUUUGGUCCACCAACAACUACAACUGCCUCAUUUGGAUUUGGGACGUCUACAACCACAUCCACAGCUCCAUCCUUCAGUUUUGGAGCUCCUGCAACAACUGCUGCCCCUGGUUUUGCCUUUGGGAGCCAAAUGGGAUCAUCAGGAUUCAGUUUGGGAUCUGGUUUUGGUACAAACACCACUGCCACCACAACAGCUGGUGGUUCAUUAUUCUCUGGAUUUGGAAGCUCUGGUGCAAAGAUUGCUCCUAGUACUGGAUUUGGAUUCUCCUCUGCAGCACCCACAACCACUGGACAGACUGGAUUGGGUGAAUUUGAAACUCUUGUAGCUGCCAUUUUGAAUCCAAGGAUGUUUGGUGAUGAGCGAGACAACAUCAUGGCCAAGUGGAAUCAGUUGCAAGCUUCAUGGGGCAUUGGGAAAGGGUGGCAUUCCCCCAAUGCUCCUCCUGUUGAAUUCAAACCAGACAAUCCAUUCUGUCGCUUCAAAGCCAUUGGCUAUUCUCGGCUCCCAUCUUCCAAGAAUGAAGAUGGUUAUGUGGGAUUUAUCCUAAAUAAGCCAGUUGGUGAUGUCAACUUGAAUCAAGCAGCCAUAGCAGAUGGAAUCCAGAAGUCUAUUGCAGGACCCAUGGGACUCGGAACACAGCAACAAAAUUUCUCAGUUGUCAUUGAAGGCAUCCGGGCCAUGCCAGAUGACAAGACUGAGAUCACCAUCUAUGUCCAAGAAAAGACAACUAUGGGUGGAACAAGGAGAGUUCCAGCUAGCGACCUGGUUGAUCGCAUUCAGCAGGGCACAAUCAAAAGCCAGCUGCAAACCCAAUGUGCCAUUGUUGACAUGAUCAUCAAGUGUAGUCCAUCUGAACAACAACUUCAAGAGUACCUUGCAUCUCCUCCUAGAGGUAUUGAUAAUAUACUGUGGGAACAGGCCAAGAAAGAUAACCCUGAUCCAAAGAACUUGAUCCCGAUCCCCCUUGUUGGCUUUGUGGAGCUCAAUAGAAGGCUGAAAUUGCAAGAACUUGAAACUCGUCAGCAUCAGGGAAGAAUGGAUAUGAUUGCCAAUGAAAUUUCAGAACUGCAAAGAAAGCAUUCAACCAUGACAACAGCUCGAGUUGAUCAGCUCAAGAGAAAGCAGCUGGAACUUUCUCAUCGUACUCUGAAGCUCAUAUGUGCUCAAGAGGUGAAGAGAAGACUGGGGAUGUCCUUGCAGCUGGAAGAGGAACAGUUUGGGUCUCGCUUAGAGGCAGUCUUUCGGGCCCUGGAAGCACCAGGUCAAGCCCGAGGACGACUGAGUGAGAUGCUUUCUCGAAUUCGUAUGAGUGGAGGCCAAUACUCUAUAAGUCGAACCUCCACCUCUGAAUCAAAGCUCACUUUUGACACGGCAGUCAUGGCAGAUAUCAAAGAGAUCUUGAAGGACCAGCAAUCAGGGAUCUGCCAGCUUGUCUCUAUUGUCAAGAGCAACUUGGAGGAAGUUCAAAACCUUAAGUCUCAACUGGAGUCAAGGAAAGAUAAAUGACAUAAUAUGUCCAUCUUUUUCUAUUUUUCUUGAUUGGUUCCACUGUCAAUACAGGUUUUUUUUUCAUACCACA